CGGGAGUCAGCUGAGCUGCUGGGGCGAGGUUGGGAUCUUCUCACAUCGGCUGAAGGGAGCCAGUGAUCUUCUGGGGGGCGGGAGCGGGGUGCAGGACUGCUCCAGAUUCAAGGGGGAGGGUUCCCCCACUCUUCUCGCCUUAUAAGGCGGGAGCGAGAAAACCCUCAGGAUUUUAAAGAGGAGUGGGCGGCGGAUUGCCAACAUCUGUCAGAUUCUUGUCGAGGCUGGGGAGACGCAGUUUCCAAUCCAGGGCGACGGGGAUCCCUGGGGGGAGCCCUGUUGUAAUCCCUGGGCCCGGGACGGAGGGCCCAGAGGCCGGGCACCAUGGCGUCCAUCCUGGAUGAAUACGAGGACUCCCUGUCCCGCUCAGCCGUCUUGCAGCCUGGCUGCCCCAGCGUGGGCAUCCCCCACUCCGGGUUUGUGAAUGCCCAGCUAGAGAAGGAAGUGCCCAUCUUCACGAAGCAGCGCAUUGACUUUACCCCUUCUGAGCGAAUUACCAGUCUUGUCGUUUCCUGCAAUCAGCUCUGCAUGAGCCUGGGGAAGGAUACACUACUCCGCAUUGACUUGGGCAAGGCAAAUGAACCCAACCACGUGGAGCUGGGGCGCAAGGAUGAUGCCAAGGUUCACAAGAUGUUUCUGGACCACACUGGCUCUCACCUGCUGAUUGCUCUGAGCAGCACUGAGGUCCUCUAUGUGAACCGUAAUGGACAGAAGGUCCGGCCGCUGGCACGCUGGAAGGGGCAGCUGGUGGAGAGUGUGGGCUGGAACAAGGCACUGGGCACCGAGAGCAGCACUGGCCCCAUCCUGGUCGGCACCGCCCAAGGCCAGAUCUUCGAAGCAGAGCUCUCAGCCAGCGAGGGUGGGCUUUUCGGCCCCGCCCCAGAUCUCUACUUCCGCCCAUUGUAUGUACUAAACGAAGAAGGGGGUCCAGCACCCGUGUGCUCCCUCGAGGCCGAGCGGGGCCCUGACGGGCGUGGCUUUGUUAUCGCCACCACCCGGCAGCGCCUCUUCCAGUUCAUAGGUCGAGCAGCAGAGGGGGCUGAGGCCCAGGGCUUCGCGGGGCUCUUCGCUGCCUACACCGACCACCCACCCCCAUUCCGUGAGUUCCCCAGCAGUCUGGGCUACAGUGAGUUGGCCUUCUAUACCCCCAAGUUGCGCUCCGCACCUCGGGCCUUCGCCUGGAUGAUGGGGGAUGGCGUGUUGUACGGAGCAUUGGACUGCGGGCGUCCCGAUUCCCUGCUGAGCGAAGAGCGAGUCUGGGAGUACCCCGAGGGGGUAGGUCCGGGGGCCAGCCCACCCCUGGCUCUCGUCCUGACCCAGUUCCACUUCCUGCUGCUGCUGGCGGACCGGGUGGAGGCAGUGUGCACGCUGACGGGGCAGGUGGUGCUGCGGGAUCACUUCCUGGAGAAGUUUGGGCCCCUGAAGCACAUGGUGAAGGACUCUUCCACGGGCCACCUGUGGGCCUACACUGAGCGUGCCGUCUUCCGCUACCACGUGCAGCGGGAAGCCCGGGAUGUCUGGCGCACCUACCUGGACAUGAACCGCUUCGACCUGGCCAAAGAGUAUUGUCGAGAGCGGCCUGACUGCCUGGACACAGUCCUGGCCCGGGAGGCUGAUUUCUGCUUUCGCCAGCGUCGUUACCUGGAGAGCGCCCGCUGCUACGCCCUGACCCAGAGCUACUUCGAGGAGAUUGCCCUCAAGUUCUUGGAGGCCCGACAGGAGGAGGCUCUGGCUGAGUUCUUGCAGCGAAAACUGGCCGGUUUGAAGCCAGCCGAGCGCACCCAGGCCACACUGCUUACCACCUGGCUGACGGAGCUUUACCUGAGCCGGCUCGGAGCACUGCAGGGUGAUCCCGAGGCCCUGAACUUGUACCGGGAAACACGGGAGCGCUUCCGGUCCUUCCUCAGCAGCCCCCGCCACAAGGAGUGGCUCUUUGCCAGCCGGGCCUCCAUCCACGAACUGCUCGCCAGCCACGGGGACACAGAACACAUGGUGUACUUCGCCGUGAUCAUGCAGGACUACGAGCGCGUGGUGGCAUACCACUGCCAGCAUGAGGCCUACGAGGAGGCCCUGGCAGUGCUUGCUCGCCACCGUGACCCCCAGCUCUUCUAUAAGUUCUCGCCCAUCCUCAUUCGUCACAUCCCCCGCCAGCUGGUGGAUGCUUGGAUUGAGCUGGGCAGCCGGCUGGAUGCCCGGCAGCUCAUCCCUGCCCUGGUGAACUAUAGCCAGGGUGGCGAAGCCCAGCAGGUGAGCCAGGCCAUCCGCUACAUGGAGUUCUGCGUGAAUGUGCUCGGCGAGACGGAGCAGGCGAUUCACAAUUACCUGCUGUCGCUAUAUGCCCGGGGCCAGCCGGCCUCACUGCUGGCCUACCUUGAGCAGGCCGGCGCCAGCCCGCACCGCGUGCAUUACGACCUCAAGUAUGCGCUGCGUCUCUGUGCUGAGCACGGCCACCACCGUGCCUGUGUCCAUGUCUAUAAGGUCCUAGAGCUGUACGAGGAGGCUGUGGACCUGGCCCUGCAGGUGGACGUGGACCUGGCCAAACAGUGUGCUGACUUGCCCGAGGACGACGAGGAACUGCGUAAGAAGCUGUGGCUGAAGAUUGCUCGGCACGUGGUGCAGGAGGAGGAGGACGUGCAGACGGCCAUGGCCUGCCUGGCCAGCUGCCCCCUGCUGAAGAUCGAGGAUGUGCUGCCCUUCUUUCCUGACUUCGUCACCAUCGACCACUUCAAGGAGGCGAUCUGCAGCUCGCUCAAGGCCUACAACCACCACAUCCAGGAGCUGCAGCGGGAGAUGGAAGAGGCCACGGCCAGCGCCCAGCGCAUCCGGCGAGACCUGCAGGAGCUGCGGGGCCGCUACGGCACGGUGGAGCCACAGGACAAGUGUGCCACCUGUGACUUCCCCCUGCUCAACCGCCCUUUUUACCUCUUCCUCUGUGGCCACAUGUUCCAUGCUGACUGCUUGCUGCAGGCCGUGCGGCCUGGCCUGCCGGCCUACAAGCAGGCCCGGCUCGAGGAGCUGCAGCGGAAGUUGGGGGCUGCUCCGGCCCCUACUAAGGGCUCUGCCCGCGCCAAGGAGGCCGAGGGUGGGGCUGCCACGGCGGGGCCCAGUCGGGAACAGCUCAAGGCUGAUCUCGAUGAACUGGUGGCCGCCGAGUGCGUGUACUGUGGGGAGCUGAUGAUCCGCUCCAUUGACCGGCCCUUCAUUGACCCCCAGCGCUAUGAGGAGGAGCACCUCAGUUGGCUGUAGGAAGAAGGGUGUUGGCCUGCUGGGUGGGUAGGCAGUCAGGGCAGUUGCCCCUUCUUGGGAAGGCCACACUAUGGUCUGUGGUCCGGCGUCUGGAGACCGCUGGGCCGUGACAGUGUUGGGGAGAGUGGAAUUAUAGCUGUCGCCUGAAAGGUGUCAUCUGUGAGUGUAUUCUGCCACUGGCCGCGCUGUUCUCGAGAGCUGCCUUGGAGCUGCUCUUCGGCCAGGCCAUCUGCGUGCCUCCCAAUAGAGGGCCUUAGCCUGGAGAAGUCCGAGUUCUCACCUCAUCACCGUCCCCCUCCAUCUAACAGUCCUCUUUACGCCCCACAGACAUCCUGUUCACCUUCUAGAGUGAGAGUACCAUUCUUCCUUUUCACGCUGUGGCCCUUCUCCCUCAGAGGAAGGCCUCUCCCCAUGUCUGCCCCUAGAUCCCAGAGCAAAAAGGCAGCCCCUCCAAGUCGUGGGCACGGAGGGUGGGAAAGGUGGUGCCGGUAGGGGGCACCUCUUGUGUCCACCUUUUGGGGCUCUGGUGUGGGGGUGCCCUGGGACAGAGGGCCUCAUGGAGGACAGGGGGAGAUGGUGAUGGGGGCGGGGCUCAUUAAACCGCGUGCACUGCACUGGGGGCUCUCGAGUGGAUGGCUUUGUGUUGAUGCCGGCCUGAGGGGCGGGUGAGUCAUCUCCAGGGGAGCUACGAUCGCACAGGGAGGCUGCCAGGACCCUGAAUGCUUUCCAGCCUUGGCCCUCGCUCCUUCUUCUGGAGAUGUGACCAAUUGAUUGUGCCGUUUUUGUGAUUUCCUUGCUUCCUUGUCCCUCGACUCCCAUCCUCUGUGGCUCCAGGCUUCAGCUGGGAAUGAUGGCCCACCAUCCUCUCAGACCAAGGACUGUUCUUCCCUUCGGCCAGCAGGUGGUGCUGCACCCCACAGAAUCCUUCACACUCCGGCAACUGGGGGGCAUUGAGUUCUUGUCAUUUUCUCCACUAGUGCUUCCUCAGUCUGUUCCUCCCUAGUAUGUCCUGGGAGUCUGCACUGCCUAACCGUGAAUCUAAGCCCCCAUCCUCCCUCCACUAGCCCUUAUGCGUUCUAGAUUUUGCUUGCCCUUCCCUUGCCAGCCUGGAUCCUUGUGUUCCCAGCUUCUGCCAGCUUUGAGACUGCCACCCACCAUCCAUGGCAUAUGGCAGAUACAUUUUUCCCCCUCUAACUCCUGUGACCUGCCCCUCCCCCUCCAGAUUGCACUUUUUUAGCUGUGGCUACUCUAGAGAGUCCCAGAUGGGGGCCUUCCUGUGACAUCAGGGAGCAGCACCCUUUGCUCGGGGAACUGGGGUUCACAGUCCACUGCCGGCUCUAUGGGUGUGGUCUAUCAGCUGCCCAGACUGACACAAAGUAACAAGUGCGUAUUCCUGGAAUCGGGCCAGGGUGAACCCCCCCCCCCCCCCCGCCCCCGGCUGGUGACUGCAAACUUUUCUCUCCCCUACAGAGUAGCCCUUUUCCAAGACUUGCAGUCCUGGUGGAGCCUUGCCCUGCCGAGUUCCUCCAGUCACUAGAACAAGUGUCUCCUCAUGGCCACUGCCAAUGGUCAGGUUAGAAACUGCCCAUCUUUGAUGAGCCUCAGACUUCCCGUCUUCCACCAGAAGCAAGAGGGAGCAAAUGUGGAAGGGUUGGUGAUCACUGGGUGGGGAGAGAACAUCCUAUUCCUGUUCCUUCUGUUCCAAGAAGAUUUGGAGGGCUCUUGUUCCCCUUUCUCUUUACAUGUAGCCUAAGGCUCCCCUCAUACCUAGACGUGCCUGGUAGAGGGCUAAGGGGUACCGUUCCCCACUGUCAGCAUCAGUCUAAACUUUGACCUGCCACUUGCAUGGUCACUUGCUUAGAACAGCUUGGGUUGUCUAUCUCUGCACAUAAUGGGUACCUAAUACAUGUUAGUUAAACAAACACUGCCCUAUUGC